AUGAGUACAUCAAUCGAUCAAUCGAACGAUAUGGCGUCGACGUUUCAAAAUCCUUAUUUGCACACCAUCCGGUCAGGACGACCUGAUGUAGAACGCCAUUCCAACCCUGAGGCAUUGCUAGAGGACGACACAGAAUGGGAUGUCAAGCCAACACUGCUUCGACAGCCCACUCAACCGGCCCUUAAAACAUUGGUGUUCCGACGCAAACCUUUGAGGACGGAUAUGGCAAUUUGGAACGCGAGUCAUCCGGUUGAAAGCCCCGCGUAUUUUGCGGUCACCACAGAGUGGAAGGCCAAUACACCAGACGUAAGGCUGCACGGCGGCCCCGAUAUGAGUGGCCCUUUGCUCGGUGUGGCACAUUUUCGCCAUUCCCGACAUGUGAAGCUGGGGCUUGGAGAUCCCAUAAAUGAUCCCAAUGGCGUGGUCUGGGAAGAAAUGAAAAAUAUUUCCAAGUGGUUGACCAAGAGCAAAUAUGUGUUUGAAUUCACUGAGUCUUGCAAUUGGGAUGUGAAUGCUGCCGACGGUCCUCGGAGGAGACAUUUCAUGUGGCAGAGAACAAACGAUCCUGCCGAUGGCGUCGAAGGAAUUGCCGGCAAACUCUCGCUGCGAAAUUAUAGAUUGACGGAUCAAGACACUGGACAAGUCGUCGCGGUGUUUCUGGCAAACAACCUGAACAGUGUCAAGAAGAAAGGCGAACUUCGCAUAUUUGAAAAACUCGGCGCUAGCCUCGAGAUCGUGGUGGUCUUGACAUGUGCCAGCAUAUCGGAAAAGAUGAGCAGAGAUUAG